UUGCCCAUUUCCACGCUCUCACACACUCUCUGAGUCUCUGUCGUCGUUUGCUCUUGCCGGAUCCUUAUUGUAUUUCAUGCUGUCACUGUGUCGCCAUCAUCUACGCUCUGAGACUUCUUUUUUCUGCUAAGCCACAAUGUCGCGUCGAGGUGGUGGUAGGCAACCUGAUUCUCGCCGCGACCAGCCGUCUCCGGCGGGCGGGAGAGGCAGAGGCGGUGGUGGUGGAAGAGGUAGGGGUGGCGAAGGAGGCGGAGGAAGAGGCCGCGGUGGUCCUUCAAGCUACUCUGCGCCUCCUCAAGCCGCUUCUUUCCCGGAGAUGCCUCGUCCGGCGCCUCCACGUCCGGCGGGUCCUCGUCAAACUGCACCUCCACCAGUCGCUUCUCCUGCUGGACCUCCUCCAGCAGCUCCAGCUUCAUCGCAUUCUUCUGCGCCGUCCAGCUCGGCUCCACCACCAGUUUCUACUUCCUCCACGGAGGAUGCUCUGAACCGUGAAAUCUCGGAGAAGCUGACAUUGCAGGCUCCGGCGCCGCCGACGUCAUCAAAGGCAAUUGACUUUCCGAAGAGGCCCGGGUACGGGACAAUCGGGAAGAAAACCUUUGUCCGAGCCAACCAUUUUCUGGUGGAAGUCGCAGACAAGGAUCUCCAUCACUACGAUGUUUCCAUCACACCUGAGAUUACUUCAAAGAAAGUGAGCAGAGAUAUAAUUAAACAGCUAGUGACGACGUACAAAUCACAUUUGGGUAUGCGAAAUCCUGCAUAUGAUGGAAGGAAGAGCCUCUAUACGGCAGGGCCAUUGCCGUUUAUAUCGCAGGAGUUUGUUGUCAAGUUAGACAAUGAUGAUCGUGCCUCCUCAUCUGGUUCGACGAGAACCAGAAGGGAGCGUCAGUUCAAAGUGGCUAUCAAGUUCGCUUCUAAGCCUGACAUUGAUCAUCUUCGACAGUUUUUGAGCGGCAGGCAGCUGGAUUCUCCACAAGAAACAAUUCAAGUUCUUGACGUGGUUCUUAGAGCGGCACCAUCAGAGCUUUACACCGUCGUGGGGAGGUCAUUUUUCGAUCCUAGGUUGGGCGAACCGGGUGAGCUGGGUAAUGGUAUUGAUUACUGGAGAGGGUAUUAUCAGAGUCUUCGUCCAACCCAAAUGGGGCUUUCACUUAAUAUUGAUGUGUCCGCUCGUGCUUUCUAUGAACCCAUUUUUGUGACCGAUUUUGUUGUAAAACAUUUUAAUUUCAAUUUAUCAAGGCAUCUGUCUGAUCAAGAUCGGCUGAAGAUUAAAAAGGCACUGAGAGGAAUCAAAGUAGAGGUUACUAAUAGGGAGUUUUCCAAAAGUUACAAAGUCACUGGGGUAACAACCCAACCAACUGGCCAGUUAACGUUUACUCUUGAAGACAAUAAUGCCAAAAUAUCAGUUGCUCAAUAUUAUCGUGAGAAAUAUAAUAUUGUGCUUAAGAAUGUGAAUCUGCCUGCCCUCCAAGCUGGGAGUGAUACGAAACCUAUUUAUUUGCCUAUGGAGCUUUGUAAGAUUGCUGCCGGACAGAGAUACUCUAAGAGAUUAAAUGAAAGACAAGUAACUAAUCUUUUAAGAGCAACUUGUCAACGGCCUCAAGAUAGGGAAGCGAGUAUCAAGCAGAUGGUUAGGCGAAACAAUUUUAAUGGCAAUUUGCUUGUAAAUACGGAGUUUGGAAUCCAAGUAAAGGAGGAACAUCUAUUGGUUGAGGCUCGAGUUUUGCCAUCUCCAAUGCUUUUAUAUAAUAAUGGAGGGAGAGAACAAAGUGAACAACCUAGAAUGGGACAGUGGAACAUGAUAAACAAGAGAAUGAUCAAUGGUGGUCGAGUGGAUUUUUGGACUUGUGUGAACUUCUCUACGCGAGUGAAUAGAGAUUUUCCAUUUGAUUUUUGUGACCAAUUGCUCAACAUGUGCAGUAGCAAAGGAAUGGCUUUCAACCCAAACCCUUUGAUCCCCAUACGAUCAGCUCAGAGUCAACAAGUUGAGAUGGCUCUCAGGGAUAUUCACAAGCAAAGUAGGGCGAAGUUUACAGAAAUUGGACAGCCAGGAAAACAGCUUCAGCUGUUGAUAAUUAUUCUGCCCGACUUCACUGGGUCGUAUGGGAAAAUUAAACGAGUCUGUGAAACAGAACUUGGUAUUGUUACUCAAUGUUGUCAACCCAAGCAAGCAUCAAAGCUUAGUAAGCAGUAUCUUGAAAAUGUGUCCCUCAAAAUCAAUGUGAAGGUUGGGGGGCGUAACACUGUGUUAAAUGAUGCAAUUCAUAGAAAUAUUCCUCUGGUGACUGAUCGCCCUACGAUUAUAUUUGGUGCGGAUGUGACGCAUCCCCAGCCAGGAGAGGACUCUUCUCCAUCAAUAGCAGCGGUAGUGGCUUCAAUGGAUUGGCCUGAGGUCACCAAGUACAGAGGACUUGUCUCUGCACAGGCUCAUCGUGAAGAAAUUAUUCAAGAUCUCUAUAAAUCAUCUCAGGAUUCUCAAAGGGGCUUAGUUCAUGGAGGAAUGAUUAGGGAACUACUUAUUGCAUUCAGAAGAUCAACUAAUCAGAAACCCCACAGGAUUAUAUUUUAUAGAGAUGGUGUCAGUGAAGGCCAAUUCAGUCAAGUUCUGCUUUAUGAGAUGGAUGCAAUAAGAAAGGCCUGUCGCUCACUUGAGGAAGGAUAUCUACCGCCUGUUACUUUUGUGGUAGUGCAAAAAAGACAUCAUACACGGCUUUUUCCUGCAGAUCAUAGAAGUCGUGAUCAGACUGACCGGAGUGGCAAUAUUCUUCCAGGUACUGUUGUCGAUACCAGGAUUUGCCAUCCAACAGGGUUCGACUUUUACCUGAACAGCCAUGCUGGAAUUCAGGGAACUAGCCGACCAACACACUACCAUGUGCUGUAUGAUGAGAACAAAUUCAGUGCAGAUUCAUUGCAGACGUUAACAAACAAUCUAUGUUACACGUUUGCAAGGUGCACACGAUCUGUUUCCAUAGUGCCACCUGCAUAUUAUGCCCAUUUGGCGGCAUUCCGGGCAAGAUACUACAUUGAGGGUGAGGCAUCGGACAGCGGCUCUACAAGCGGGACUGAGGGCAGAGUGGAGUACCGGCCCCUUCCUGUGAUCAUGGACAACGUGAAGGAUGUGAUGUUCUAUUGCUGAAUCCGUCCGCCCUUUUGGUUGCUUGGUUUCUUUUGGAUGUGAUUACUCACGUAGUUAAGUAACUUUUUGGUAAUACGCUCUUUUCUUUGCAUCAGAAUGAAAAUGGAGUAAAUGAAUGAUAUGGUAUAGUUUAUGUUCGCAAGGCUUUUGAGAUUUUGAUUUUCUUUUUUGGUAAUUGUCUUCACAUUUGUGCAAGCUUUUGGCCAUGUAACUUGCACAUCUAAACAGUGGUUGUAAUCGUGUUUAUACUUAACACUUAAAAGGAAAUCGAAAUAUUCUUGCC